CAAGACUAAUUAAAACACGAGCAUAACUAAAAUUUUGCAAUAAUUCCGCCUUUAUUGCUGCCUUAUCAAGGGAAUUUAGCUUCGAAACGUGUACACAACAACCACAAUGAUUAUUUGUUAAAGAAUUAACGUUUAGAGACUUUCGAGGGCUUCCCCUACGACGUGAGACGUCCGUGACAUCCUGACAGUUUACCUAGUUAACAGAUGCUUAGUGCGCGUUUAAGAAAAAGGCAGUUUCCAACAUUUCAGUCAGGUAAAGGGGCGAACGUUUUCAGUUACACACAAAUAAGUAAUUCACUUGAUCGGGGCAUAUAAAAGUCAAGCUAAUCUACAACUUAAUACGUAUCGGAAUGUAAUGUAUUCAUCUGUACCUGAAGGUUACAUAAAGGUUUUUCCACGUUGCGAUUUUCUACUUGUUCUGAUACGCGUCACAGAAUACAUAUAUUGUGAAUUAUUAUUAUGAAAGUAAAAACCGCUUUAUGUUUACCGAUGUUACACAACAAUAUAAUUUCAAGAUUAAAAAAAUGAUCAUUUACGACUUGAUUAAUAACGCAUUAGGCUACGUAAAAUUAGCAAGUAACAACUUUUAGUAACGUUUACGCUCUCCUGCCAUUCGGUACUGCUGAAAUGACUACCUUGAAUAGAAUUUCCCAAUUAUUUUCGCAAUAUAAUAAGACAACACAUAUCUAGUAAAAACCCUGCGAGGCUUACAUUGCAACCGAGAAGAGAAAUCAAUUUACUUCAAUACAAUCCACCGAGUUGUGUUCACUGCAUUUCAUAAGGGACCCUUUAAACAAAUUAAAGAAUUGUGUCUGUGUAAUUCAAGAUAAGCAAUUAUUUAGUGAUGGAAGACGAUAAAACCGGCAUAGAACUGCGACAAAUCGCGCCCGUCCCGGCCAUGGACACCCCCAAGACGUCGUCGAAAAUAAAAAGUUGCAUCAAAACCAAUUUAUUAACAAUAUUAACAGUUUGUGGGGUGAUUUUGGGUGGGCUUUUAGGAUUUUUACUGAGACAGUUUUCGGACGAAAAAUGGACGGAAAGGGAGAUUAUGUACAUAAACUUUUUUGGAGAUCUCUUCCUGAGAAUGCUGAAAUCUUUGAUUUUGCCGCUGAUAGUGUCUUCAUUAAUAUCGGCAAUUGCGCGGUUAGAUAUCACGCUUUCUGGAAAAAUUGCGGCGAGAGCCAUCGGGUAUUAUAUAACGACCACGUUUUGUGCCGUUAUCAUUGGAAUUAUAUUGGUAGUCAGCAUCAAACCGGGUGAGAUGGGAGACAAAUCUAGCCAGGAGGGGCAAACUGGGGCGUCUAAUGUGAGAAAUGUAACUACGGUCGAUACACUUUUGGAUUUAAUAAGAAAUUUAUUUCCGCCAAAUCUAAUACAAGCUUGCACUGAACAGACACGAACAGUUCUUGUUCCUCCGACUGACCCAAAACUUGCAGAGGACAUAAAUUCGUGGAAAAUCGAACAUGAGUACACCGAUGGAACAAACAUAUUAGGUUUGGUGGUAUUCUCGACCGUUAUGGGGAUCACACUGGCCAAACUGGGGGAGAAAGGCGAGCCUCUCGCAAAGUGUUUUGAGGCACUAUCCGAGGCAAUGUUAAUCAUUACGAAAUGGGUUAUUUACUUGUCGCCAUUAGGAGUAUUGUUUCUCGUAGCAUCUAAAGUGCUGGAAAUCGAAAACCCGGAGGAGCUGAUCGGUAGAUUAGGCAUGUACUUUCUUACGGUAAUCGUGGGUCUACUUAUACAGGGGAUUGUAAUAAUACCACUUACUUAUGUGAUAAUUGUAAGAAAGAACCCUUUCACUUACCUAAUAAAUUUGGGACAAGCACUUGCAACCGCCUUUGGCACUUCGUCUAGCUCUGCAACUUUGCCGCUCACCCUACAAUGUGUAGUAGAAAAGAAUGGCGUUGAUAGUAGGAUUGCGAGAUUUGCAUUGCCAAUCGGCGCGACAAUCAACAUGGAUGGCACCGCUUUGUACGAAGCGGUUGCCGCUAUUUUCAUUGCGCAAAUUCGCUCCAUCGACUUAAGCAUUGGGCAUUUGGUGGCCAUCAGCAUUACUGCUACCGCCGCCAGUAUCGGCGCUGCGGGUAUACCACAGGCGGGUUUGGUGACGAUGGUUAUGGUUCUGGAUACGGUAGGAUUGCCGGCCGAGGACGUAACUCUCAUUCUCGCCAUUGAUUGGUUAUUGGACCGGUUUAGGACCGUGCUGAAUGUUAUGGGAGAUGCUUUUGGAGCAGGAAUUGUGUAUCAUCUAAGCAAAGGGGAGCUAAUAUCUACUUCCAAUCAUAUUUAAACUUACUUCUGUGAUCCAAUUAGUCUUAACACAAUUUGUGCAAUUUAAUAUAAAGAGCAUUAAAUAAA